AAUCUGGCCUGCGCAGCUGGCACUUUUGCGCGCUUUGAAGCAUCACGCAGCGAGAGGUUUGGGACAAACCUCUCAGCUAUGCUGCGUCUAAAAAAAAUCAAGCCAGCUUUGCCAGGUUAAUUAGAAUUCACUGAAAGACCAAAUCAAACGGAAAAUGUUCCUUUUUCGAGCUUGAACGACCUCGUAGUUUUAAUUGAUGUUUGAUCCUUCGACUGAGAGCAAAUUCUUGAAAAGAACCUGAAUAAACACAGGAAUAAUCACCUUUGAGCGAUUGUCUAUCUGGCUCCAUAACGAAUGGGACUUGAUGUUUUUGUUAUUUUAAGCCCGUCCGCUUUUUCCGUCGAAGUCUUUCGACAUGGUGACCCAAUGAUUAUAAACAUCCGGGACUUCGCAAAAUUAGUAGUAAAGCCAGGUUAUAGCGACAGGUCACAUUAAAUAUAUCUCUUAUUAGACGUUUUGAUAAUAAUUCUCACUACCAAAAUUAGUUCGUGUUCCGUACUGUAAGUUACGGAUCGAGCUUUCUCCGCUCGGAUAUAUGACGAGUUUCUGUCACUUAUAGUACGGACCGAAAAAACGAGGUGUGUAAGAUAUUUAUUAUAUCACCGGGUUUAAGUAGAGGGGGAAGAUAUCAAACAAAAAUUAUGAUUUAAGUGGGAGGUACAGUGAAAUACGGCUGGCUACAUUAUUGUUGCUAUGGUAACUUAGCACGUUAAAUGGAUGCUCAUAGAAUGUUUAGCAACGACAGAUAAUUUUUUUGCCGAUAGUAUUCUGCUAUAUACUGAUAAACCUACAACUUUUAAGACAAAAAAGACACCAUAGAGUAACAAAAUAAAGCAAACAAAAAAAUCGAAUUCGAAGCUUGACAUUAAGACAAUGCUCACGGACAGAAACUUGAAUGUUAAAUUUCGAAAUGCCACAUAACCGCUUUUUAAGCAGUCUUUAUCUCUUUGAUAAAAACUCAAUUGCUACAGUGUAAGACUCUUGCUGCUAAAACUUUGUUUGGAAAGAAUUUCUUCACAAAACAAUAAAUCAAAUGCCUUGGUUAUGGCUGGACUUUACUGAAGAAUGUAUCGUUAAGUUUAUGAAGGAGUGAAUGAGAAAGAAAGAGAUACUUUAACAAUGAGCAGUGCCCCCUAUCGUGUUACUUAUGCAGUAGUUCUGUGGUGAUUGCUCUAACUUGAAGCAGAGAGUAGCGUUUUUGUUUUUCAAAUUUUCAAUUUUUUCGAGUAGGCCCCUUCUACAACUUUCGUUUGAUCUGCCAAAGUUAAUCUAACCCCAACCCCUCAUCUGAUUUCCCUGUUUUUUGUUUUUUAAUGAAAAACUCGAUACCAUAGAUAAACAUUAAAAAGUCAGGUUUCCACAAUCUGUUAUCUAGCUUCAUUUAGCCCUGCAAGUUCCGCACGAACAUGCGAAGAAAUCCAUGACAACGCCAAAGUUAAAUAGGUAUUUUGGAACCUUUCUUAAGUAAUGUAUGUACAUGUGUCUAUUCAUCGGCAAACAUAGAGGUUUUAGUGCGAGACUUUCGUACGAACCCACCAAAACAGACAGCGGGCGAGAUUGAAUUACCCGAACGUAUCAUGCGUAGAAACUUCGAUUUUUUUUACCCUUUUUUAAAUUUGCUCAAGAUAAUCAAAUUUUCAAUCUGUUCAUUCAGGUUUACGUGCAAGUUCGUUCGACGUGAUCGCUCAUUUUAAAAUUCCUCGAAAUUUUUUUCACACUUAAAAGACUGAGGUAAACUUGGUUUAAAGAAGGGACACUUUCACGGCAUCAAUAGGCCAGUGAAAAAAACUCCACCAACUUCACAAGCCUGCAAAGACAAACGGAGGACUUCCAAUUCAAACCAGCAGAGAGUUCUUCGACUAGAACUUUUAAAUUGCCUUUCCAAACAACUUCUACCACGAAGAAAUACUUUUUAAAGACUCGGAGAGGAAUAGCACUUUGAUGAAAAGCGUUGGAACAAUGAUGCGAUCAUUCCGACAGAGAUACUUUUGUAGCACGCUUUUCUUCCUUGUUGCAACUUUUCUAUACUGUUUCUUUUACGGUCCAAUAAUCCCAAUCAGAGAGACCACCAGUGGAGAAUAUAAAACUUCUUACGUAGAAACGUUUUCAAUAAAUGAAGCAGAAUCAUUGGAGCAAAAUGCGAUUCAAGAUACAGACAAAACAAUCAUCUUUGAUUCAAUCACAGAAAGUAAACCAGACUUACAACAAAAGCUUGCAGACGACGAAACCUCCAGUCACCUCAACGAAGGGUACGCGGAAUCACAACAGAGCGCGCUGUCAAACAACGUAAUGACCAAUGAAGCCAACGAAAGCGAAACGGGAUUGAAACGCAGACUUCCCAAUGCUCUUGUAAUUGGAAUACGAAAAGGAGGAACAAGGGCACUUUUGGAUUCUCUUGCGCGUCACCCCAACGUGCGAGCCUGUUCACGAGAACUGCAUUUCUUUGACGAACAAGAGAACUAUAAACGAGGGUUGGAGUGGUACAGAAAUCAAAUGCCCAAGUCUUUUAACAAUGAAAUCACAAUUGAGAAAACACCAGCUUACUUUGUUACCCAGGAUGCUCCUCGUUUGAUUUACAACAUGUCACCGGAUAUUAAGCUGGUGGUUAUAGUUCGUGAUCCAACAGUACGUGCGAUUUCAGAUUACGCACAAAUCUUCGAUAAAUACCGGGGCAAGGUCAGACCAUUCGAGGAAUAUGUCGCCAAAGAUGGCGCAGUGCUAACAUCCAGCAAAAUAGUACAAACAGGCGUCUACAAAAUUCAUCUGAAAAACUGGUUGAAAUAUUUUCCUCUGGAGCAAAUUCAAUUCGUAAAUGGCGAAGAACUUAUCAGAAACCCCGUACCAGAAUUAAAAAUGGUAGAGAAGUUCUUAGGACUACAACCUUUCAUUGAUGAAAAGUUAUUCUACUUCAACGAAACUAAGGGUUUCCCGUGUUUAGUUCCACCGACUCAAACGAACGAUGAACCAACCAAAUCUGGAUGCUUGUCAAAAGAUAAGGGUCGACCACACCCUAACGUGAGCGAAGACGUCAUGACAUUAUUGCGUGACUACUACAAGCCAUUUAAUGAAGACUUUUAUGGGCUAGUCGGCAGAAAUUUUCAAUGGCCUUAGGCCUUCUCAGACCUGCCGUGUUGCAAAAAACAGUUUUAUUUUUCUGAAAGUACUUGAUAGAGGUUCAUUCACAUUUCUUAAGGAAGACACGCCUCCAUAUUUGGUAUAUUUGCUGUGCCAUGUGAAAUUACCUCAACUUCGUAGAAAUUACCAUAUAUCAGUUCUUUAUGAUGGCGAACUAAAAAAAAAUAUUUAGCUCGAGAUCAGAAAGUCCGGACUGAACACGGUUGAAGUCCGUACCUAACGAUUGAGAACCACUCGGCCUGACCAAACUCGUCAAUAAGCAUUUUUCAAAUGAACGCCCCUCUUUGUCUUUCGUCCUUUUU